CUUUCUUCGAGUGCGAUGGACAACUACCGGAAGGUGAGCAAGAUUGGCGAAGGGACGUAUGGUGUCGUGUACAAGGCUGUGGACCUCAACACCAACCGCACUGUGGCGCUAAAGAAGAUUCGACUCGAGUCCGAGGACGAGGGCGUGCCCAGCACUGCCAUGCGUGAAAUCUCGUUGCUCAAGGAACUGUCGCACCCGAACGUCGUGCAUCUGUACGACGUGGUGCAUCAAGCGGAUAAGCUGUAUCUGGUAUGUCCACGGCCUUACUCUUUGUCCCUACUACAUCACCAUGUUGUUGUACAGGUGUUUGAGUUUCUUGAUCACGACCUGAAGCACUUCAUGGACCUGCACGGCCCGACGCUCGUACCGUUCGUGCUUAAGCGAUAUGUGCAUCAAAUGCUCUUGGGCAUUGCGUAUUGCCACUCAAACCGCGUCCUCCAUCGAGACCUCAAGCCGCAGAACUUGCUCCUCGACCUCCAGGGCAACUUGAAACUGGCCGACUUUGGCCUAGCUCGCGCCUUUGGGAUUCCCAUUCGCAACUACACGCAUGAAGUGGUGACGUUGUGGUACCGCGCGCCGGAGAUCCUCCUCGGGGGAUCGCAUUAUGCCACGUCCGUGGACAUUUGGAGCAUUGGCUGUAUUUUCGCGGAAAUGUUCAACCGCAAGCCGUUGUUCCCAGGUAGGGAUGAUAUUCAUUGUGACAGUUCCAUGGACGACGCUUUAUAUCAGAUUGAAAAGGUUAUGUGUUGACGCAGGGGAUUCUGAAAUCGACGAGUUGUUUCGCAUUUUUCGAGUGCUGGGAACCCCAGACGACCACAUGUGGCCUGGCGUGAGCUCAUUGCCGGAUUUCAAAACUUCGUUCCCCAAAUGGCAGCCGCAGCCUUGGAUGGACAUCGUGCCGUCGUUGGAUGCAUGUGGCAUGGACUUGUUGAUGAGGAUGUUGGUGUACGAACCUCGCCAACGUAUUUCCGCCAAGCAAGCACUGGGCCACCCCUGGUUUGACGAUUUGCAGCCGUCGCGCCAGCCACCUGUGCACCAACCACAGUCGCAUUUGUAUGCGUUUCACCAAACUAGUAAUACUAGUAGUAGUAACGGCAUGGCGCCCCCAUACUAAUAUUACCUUAGUAUUGACGGCAAAUCUUG